CCCCCCCAGCGCGGACCUCGGCCGCUCUCCCGGAAUCCCGGGCUGCCCGGAGGUCCGGCCUCCCGACUCGGCCCGGGGGACCGAGGUGAACCUAACCAGGAAACAGGAAACAAGGCACUUUUCCGGACCCUGGGGAAGAGAGGGUUUGCCUCUGCUCGGCCUUGGAGGAGGCUGAGCCUCCCAGCCGUGUAGGGCAGGAAGAACUCCCGGAGAAGAUGGCAGCCCUGCUGACCUCCCGGUCAUCCGCAAGGCCCCAGCUGGAGAGAGUGGAGGUCAAGUUGGAGCGAGAGCCCCGAAACGAGGUGGAGCGGAGCCCAGAGCCGGGACCAGAGGAGCAGCUGAGCCCCGACCUGGAGAUAGAGUCCCCGGCGGACCAGGAGAGGGCUUUGCCAGUUCCAUGGGUUCCAGCCAUUCCCAAGAAAGCAAGCCGUCAGGACAAGGUGACGACUGAGUAUCUUCUACCCGAGCCCCAGGAACUAGUGACAUUUGAAGAUGUGGCCUUGUAUUUCUCCUGGGAAGAGUGGGCGAGACUGGAGGCCGUUCAGAGAAAUCUCUACAAGGAUGUCAUGAGGGAGAACUAUGGGAUUCUCAUGUCCCUGGGGUUCCCGAUCCCCAAACCAGAGGUGAUCUCUCAGCUGGAGCGAGGGGAAGAACCUUGGGUUCCAGACCUUCCAGGCUCCGAGGACGGGGAGAUCUUGACCGGCGUCUACACAGGUGGUUGGUUCUGGAAUGAGAACGGGGAGGACAGCGAGGACAAGGAAGAGGAGGAGGAGGAGGAAGAUUCCCUGCUGGAGCCCCCGGAGGAGUCGGAGCCGCCGGGGCUGUGGUCGGCGGCGUACGGCGUGGGAGAUGUCCCGGGGACCUGGGGCCCGGACGACGCCAUCCAGGUCCAGCCGCCGGGGCCGUGGGGAGGAGAAGCCAUGGGGCUGGGCAUCGGGCCCGACGGCCAGGAAGUCAAACCCGUUUCCCCCGAGGAGGAGGAGGAGGAGGAGGAAGAGGAGGCGGCGGCGGCGGCGGCGGCGGUUCCCCCUCACCUCCUGGCCCACUGGGCGUUCCCGUCGGUGGCGAGAGCGGCCGGGGGGCGGCCGGAGACCACCUGUGACGUGUGCGGGAAGGUGUUCCCGCACCGGUCCGGGCUGGCCAAGCACCGCCGGUACCACGCGGCGGUGAAGCCGUUCGGCUGCGAGGAGUGCGGCAAAGGCUUCGUGUACCGCUCCCACCUGGCCAUCCACCAGCGCACCCACACCGGGGAGAAGCCCUUCCCCUGCCCCGACUGCGGCAAGCGGUUCGUCUACAAGUCGCACCUGGUGACGCACCGGCGCAUCCACACGGGCGAGCGGCCCUACCGCUGCCCCUUCUGCGGGGCCGGCUUCGGCCGCCGCUCCUACCUGGUGACGCACCAGCGCACCCACACCGGGGAGCGGCCCUACCCCUGCCCCCACUGCGGGCGCAGCUUCAGCCAGAGCUCGGCCCUGGCCCGCCACCAGGCCGUCCACACGGCCGAGAAGCCCCACCACUGCCCCGACUGCGGCCGCGGCUUCCGGCUGCGGGCCGACUUCCAGCGGCACCGCCGGGGCGGGAGGUGCCCCGACGUGGGGAGGGAGGACGAGGAGGAGGAGGAGGCGGCGGCGGGGGCCGCGGCGGCGGCGGCGGCCGGCGGGGAGGAGCCCGAGCUGGACCGGGAGCAGCCCGGCCCUCGGGGUCCCCGCCUGGACGGGAAGGUCCCCGAAGAAGAGUUGGAGAACGGCCUAGGGGACGGGCCGGGGCCCGCCCCGCUCCCGCUGGGCUUCCACCUCCCCGGCCAGCCCAAGGCCUGGCCCCUGGGCGAGGACCUGCCCCUCCCGGCCCUGCACCGCCUGGGCGAGGGCCUGCCCCGGGAGCUGCUGGACCUCCCCCCGCUGGGCGGCCCCGCCGCCGUCAGCCAGAUCCCGCUGGCGGAGAUGGAGGCCCUGCGGGCCGGGGAGCUGAUGCCCCCCAGUCCCCUGGUGGAGGGGCUGCUCUCGGAGCUGCAGGCGGCGGCCCCCUCCCUGGAGGACGAGACCCCCUGGAUCUGCUCCGACUGCGGCAAGACCUUCGGCCGGCGGGCGGCCCUGGCCAAGCACCAGCGCUACCACGCCGGGGAGCGGCCCCACCGCUGCAUCGACUGCGGGAAGAGCUUCGUCUACGGCUCCCACCUGGCCCGGCACCGGCGCACCCACACCGGGGAGCGCCCCUUCCCGUGCCCCGAGUGCGGGGCCCGCUUCGCCCGCGGCUCCCACCUGGCCGCCCACGUCCGGGGCCACACCGGGGAGAAGCCCUUCGUCUGCGGGGUCUGCGGGGCCGGGUUCAGCCGGCGGGCCCACCUGACCGCCCACGGCCGGGCCCACACCGGGGAGCGGCCCUACGCCUGCGGGGAGUGCGGCCGGCGGUUCGGGCAGAGCGCGGCCCUGACGCGCCACCAGUGGGCCCACGCCGAGGAGAAGCCGCACCGCUGCCCCGACUGCGGCAAGGGCUUCGGCCACAGCUCGGACUUCAAGCGCCACCGGCGGACCCACACCGGGGAGAAGCCCUUCCGCUGCGCGGACUGCGGCCGGGGCUUCGCCCAGCGCUCCAACCUGGCCAAGCACCGGCGCGGCCACACCGGGGAGCGGCCCUUCCCCUGCCCGGAGUGCGGCAAGCGCUUCUCCCAGCGCUCCGUGCUCGUGACCCACCAGCGCACCCACACCGGGGAGCGGCCCUACGCCUGCGGGGCCUGCGGCCGGCGCUUCUCCCAGAGCUCCCACCUCCUCACCCACAUGAAGACCCACCGGGGGCCGGGAGCCGCGGGAGAGGCCAAGGCCAAGGCCAAGGCCCAGGCCCAGGCCCAGGCCCAGGCUCAGGCCCAGGCCCAGGCGCAGGCCCAGGCCCAGGCCCAGGCGCAGGUUCAGGUGACCGGGAUGACGGGGGAGGGAGAAGACAGUGGGAGCACUCUCCUGGGAUUCAGGGCGGGUGCUAGGUUUGGGACCGAGGAUCCCGCCCCGUUCCCCGCCCCCUCCUGUUCCUAUGAGGAGACCCUCAUAUAGCCUGGAGAGGAGGGAGGAGGGAGCGGGCGUCCUCGUCGCCCUGGCGUGCCUCCGUCUCGCCUCAGUCCUUGGGGAACCCCAAGGGUGGGAGGGGGCCGGGGGCGGACAGCAGCCCCGUGAAGCCGCCAGCGGCUCUCCCGGUCUCACCCUCCCUCCUGCUCCUCCCUCCAGGUGCCCAGGCGAGGGAGGGAGGGAGGCCCGGGCUCGGUGGGGCAGCUUUCCCUGAAAUCUCCCUCAGGGCUUUUCUCCCCCGUCUUCCCUCUCUCCCUCCACCUCCCCCUUACCUCCCCUAAGCCUUUGCUCUUGCGUUCCUCUCUUGUGCUAGUUCCCUCCGGUGUGACCCAAGAGAUAGGGAUGGGGUUGGUAU